AUGCAAUCCGAAGGCCACCAAACGGAACAAGUCGAGGCACAUCCUCCAAGUGAAGACACAACAAGCGCUGUAGUUGUAAAGCAAAAUAAUAGCUUAGUUGCGUCCUCAAUGGUGGUUGCCCCCGACCAAGUUGCACCUACCCCCGGUGUUAAGGACGUACAGAAAACUUCCCCUAAAAAGCCGAAGAAACGGAAACCUAAAGUCCCUCGGGAUAACACUGCUCCUCGCCAACCGCUUACUGGGUAUGUUAGAUUUUUAAAUGAGCGCCGUGAUCAACUUCGAGCUGAACAACCAGAUUUGGGGUUUGCAGAGUUAACACGCCAGUUAGCAAGUGAGUGGAGCAAAUUACCAGCUGAAGAGAAACAGCAAUAUUUAGAUGCUGCUGAUCAAGACAAAGAAAGGUACAUAAAAGAAUGGGCAGAAUACAAAAAAACAGAUUCUUAUAAAGAAUUUAGAAGGCAACAAGUGGAACAAAAGGAAUCUAGUGUUGCUGCAAAGAAAGUGAAACAUAAUACCCUCCAGGAAACUGUACCUAUUCCAACUCAAACUCAGAUAACUUCAGAUCAAAAUACUUCAGCAGUUAAUGGUAGUAGUGCUGCAGUUUCAACAAUCACCACACCUCGGCAGCAGACCCCACCACGGCCCAAACCUUGCAUUACUCCUGCAUUAGGUGAAGAUAUGCACAAUGGAGACACAGACAUACCAAUAUUCACAGAUCAAUUUCUGCAGCAUAAUAAACUGAGAGAAUCUGAACUUAGACAACUUAGGAAAGCUAAUUCUGAUUAUGAGCAACAGAAUGCCAUAUUGCAAAGACAUGCCGAAGAAGUAAGCGGUGCCACAUCACGUCUACGCGUUGAAACUGCGGCCGCCGCCGAAAGGACAGCUGCUUUAUUGGCCCACAGACGAGCACUUGUUGCUGCAUUAGUUCAAGCUUUGCAGUCAAUUGCAUUACCAGGUGGCCCAGCUGGUGCAACAGAUGCUAACAUUGAAGAGUAUAUGGAAAAACUGCAAAGUCUUGCAGCAGAAACUAAAACUAAUGUUGUUGUGAAGCAGGCCCGUGACAUUUUGAACAGGGUCGAGUUACCUCUUAAUUAA